AUGCAGUUGCUCCAUAACCCAACUCCAUUUCACCAUUCCGUUUGCAAGUUGACAGUUAUUAACGUUGAAUAUACUUGUCAGAGUAGUGCCAUCAAAUAUCUUUUUAAAUAUAUUCAUAAGGGAAAUGAUCGAGUUACAGCUGCCAUACAUCAUUCAAAUUCAACUCAUCAUGGAACUCGCACAAACGAUGAAAUUAAAAUGUUUUAUGAUUGCAGGUAUGUCUCUGCAUGUGAAGCGGCAUGGCGUAUUUUUGGAUUCGACAUUCAUUACAUAUACCCUCCUGUUCAAAGAUUGCCUUUCCACCUGCCCAAUCAAAAGAGCAUUGUUUUCAAUGAUUGUGCUUCAAUCUCUGAUGUAAAGACAAUGGCUGAGUCUAGAAGAACAAUUUUCGAAUCUUGGAUGGAAGCAAAUAAAAAAUUUCCAGAAGGGAGAGAUCUUACUUAUGCAGAGUAUCCAACUCAUUUUGUUUACGUAGAAGACGCCCAAGAAUGGCGUCCGAGAAAAAGAGGAUUUUCAAUUGGAAGAAUUAAUCGUUUCUCAUCAAAUAAUGGAGAAGAUUCCUAUCUUCGGAUCCUGCUUACUUAUCAAAAGGGUUGUACAUGUUAUGAAGAUUUGAGAACAAUCAAUGGCGUGCUUUUUCCGUCAUUCAAGGAUGCAUGUUAUUCUUUGGGACUGUUGGAUGAUGACAAUGAGUACAUUGAUGCAAUUAAGGAGGCAAGUUUCUGGGUGUUUGCUUAUUAUCUUCGAAAUCUUUUUGCUCUAUUGUUAUUAAGUAACUCAAUGACGAAACCUGAAAAUGUUUGGGAUAAAUGUUGGAAUUAUCUGUCCGACGAUGUUCUUUAUAGGCAUAGGAAAAACACCGGACGUCAAGAUGCGGUACUUGAUGAAGAGUCAAUAAAAAACAUAACACUUGCUGAAAUUGAUAAGGUACUGCAAAGCAAUGGAAGGUGUCUCUCUGAUUAUCCAACAAUGCCCCGCGUAAUCAGUGAAUCUUUGUUUGAUAUGCCAAAUAGAUUGGUUUUGGAUGAAUUAUCAUAUGAUAGAUCUUCUUUGAUGGAAGAGCAUAAAAGACUUAAUAGUUCUCUUAAUGAUGAGCAGAGAGUUGUUUAUGACAAGAUCAUUUCAGCUGUUUUAGCAGGUAAAGGGGGAUUUUUUUUUCUUUAUGGAUAUGGUGGUACAGGAAAAACAUUCAUCUGGAAUACUCUUUCAGCUUUCGUUAGAUCAAAAGGGGAAAUCGUGCUAAAUGUUGCUUCCAGCGGAAUUGCUUCCCUUUUGCUUCCUGGAGGACGAACAACUCAUUCUAGAUUUCGUAUUCCUAUUCAGAUCACUGAAGAUUCAACCUGUAAUAUCAGGCAAAAUUCUACUCUUUCUGAGUUGCUGUCAAAAACAAAAUUAAUCAUUUGGGACGAAGCCCCAAUGGUACACAGAUUUUGCUUUGAGGCUUUGGACAAAACACCAAGGGAUAUUCUGAGAUUUUCCGAUACCGGUUGUUUUGAUAAGCCAUUUGGUGGAAAGGUAGUUGUUCUGGGAGGUGACUUUCGACAGAUAUUGCCAGUUAUUCCUCAUGGCAGCAGACAGGACAUAGUCCAUGCAACCAUCAAUUCUUCAUAUCUUUGGACGCAUUGUCAUUUACUAAAUUUGACCAAGAACAUGCGUCUUAAUUCUGGAGGUGGCGUUCAUAAUUUAGUGGAAAUAAAAAAUUUCUCUGAUUGGCUUCUUAAAGUGAUGGUGACAUUGGAGAUAGUGUUGAUGGAGAAUCUCUCAUAG